AUGGCAGCCUUCAGAGCUGAACCUGCUCUAAUUGGACACAUCAUUCAUUUCCUGUAUCAGUGCGUCGCUCGCGUGGCCACUUCCUCCGCGCGCCUUGACGUCUCUCGCGUCCGUGCGUCUCUCCGCAUCAGCAGCGCGCAUUCCAGCAGUCCUCCUCCGCGAGUCCUCCACACGGACCAACCCGGACCCAGCCGUGCUCAGCCGGGCGAACUGCUCCCGGGAACAGGGACUGCAAACCCGAAUCGGACCGGACCGGGUCAACGCGACGCGGAGCAGGCGCGUGUCGGAGGUGGAAAGCGGCAUGUAGGCGCUCCAGGUGAGGCGAUGAGACGCGGUGUGGAUGCGGUGGAGACGCGAUAUGGACACGGUGGGGACGAUGUUUGGACGGGCUGGGGACGCGGUAGGGAUGCGGUGUGGACGCGGUGUGGACGCGGUGUGGACGCGGGGGGUGUGUCAGGGGGUGUGUCGGAGGUGUGUCAGGGGGUGUGUCAGGGGGUGUGUCAGGGGGUGUGUCAGGAGGUGUGUCAGGGGGGGUGUCAGGGGGUGUGUCAGGGGGUGUGUCAGGGGGUGUGUCAGGGGGUGUGUCAGGGGGUGUGUCAGGGGGUGUGUCAGGGGGGUGUCAGGGGGUGUGUCAGGGGGGGUGUCAGUGUGUCAGGGGGUGUGUCAGGGGGUGUGUCAGGGGUGUGUCAGGGGGUGUGUCAGGGGGUGUGUCAGGGGGUGUGUCAGGGGGUGUGUCAGGGGGUGUGUCAGGGGGUGUGUCAGGGGGUGUGUCAGGGGGUGUGUCAGGGGGUGUGUCAGGGGGGUGUGUCAGGGGGGUGUGUCAGGGGGGGUGUGUCAGGGGGUGUGUCAGGGGGUGUGUCAGGGGUGUGUCAGGGGGUGUGUCAGGGGGGGUGUCAGGGGGUGUGUCAGGGGGGUGUGUCAGGGGGUGUGUCAGGGGGUGUGUCAGGGGGUGUGUCAGGGGGUGUGUCAGGGGGUGUGUCAGGGGGGUGUGUCAGGGGGGUGUGUCAGGGGGUGUGUCAGGGGGUGUGUCAGGGGUGUGUCAGGGGGUGUGUCAGGGGGGUGUGUCAGGGGGUGUGUCAGGGGGUGUGUCAGGGGGUGUGUCAGGGGGUGUGUCAGGGGGGUGUGUCAGGGGGUGUGUCAGGGGUGUGUCAGGGGUGUGUCAGGGGGGUGUGUCAGGGGGGGUGGGGGUGUGUCAGGGGGUGUGUCAGGGGGGGGUGUCAGGGGGUGUGUCAGGGGGGUGUGUCAGGGGGGUGUGUCAGGGGGUGUGUCAGGGGGUGUGUCAGGGGGGGGUGUCAGGGGGGUGUGUCAGGGGGGGGUGUCAGGGGGUGUGUCAGGGGGUGUGUCAGGGGGGUGUGUCAGGGGGUGUGUCAGGGGGUGUGUCAGGGGGGGGUGUCAGGGGGUGUGUCAGGGGGGGUGUCAGGGGGUGUGUCAGGGGGGUGUGUCAGGGGGGGGUGUCAGGGGGUGUGUCAGGGGGGUGUGUCAGGGGGGUGUGUCAGGGGGUGUGUCAGGGGGUGUGUCAGGGGGGGGUGUCAGGGGGUGUGUCAGGGGGGUGUGUCAGGGGGGGGUGUCAGGGGGGUCCUCAUGGAUAUGAGUCGGUGGCAUUUGUAUCAGUGCUGA